CUCUCUCUCUCUCUCUCUCUCUCUCUCUCUCAACACUAAAAUUUGCGAAAGCGAGUGCAGAACACGGAUUGAGAAUGAGAGCGAGAGCGAAGGUCUUACCAGUGUGACAAGCUCAAACAUCUCCAUCUAAACUUGAUACACUUCAGUGCAUGUGAGUAGAAAAAUGCCUUGACUUUUCCCCAAGCCCUUUCCAACUUUUGAUCAGUUCAGUACUUACACACGAUGCUUUUGAUUCCACAAAAAAACCUCAUGAAUGGUUUGUGUAGACUGUUCUUUCAAUCAUACUAGCUAGGUUUCCAUGCUUUCCCGGAUCGUGCCUAAGGAUUCUCUGUCGCAAGUUGGUCCACACAAAAAUUCAUGAGGUUGUGAGCAUUCCACAAAUACCCUCCUUUUUUCCCAAUCAGUCUGGUCAGUGUGAAAAGGAAAAAUGCAGCGACCUCCGUUAGACGAGUUCGCUCUGAAGGAGACCUCGCCGAAAAUCGUAGGGGCGGGGGCCAUAACGGGCGACAAGCUCACGAGCACGUAUGACCUCGUCGAGCAGAUGCAAUACCUCUACGUGCGGGUUGUCAAGGCCAAAGAGCUACCCGGGAAGGAUGUCACCGGCAGCUGCGACCCGUACGUGGAAGUAAAGCUCGGAAACUACAAGGGGGUCACCAGGCAUUUCGAAAAGAAAACGAAUCCCGAGUGGAAUCACGUGUUCGCUUUCUCUCAGGACCGGCUCCAGGCCUCAUUCGUCGAGGUUUUAGUGAAAGACAAGGACGUGAUUGUAGAUGACUUCAUUGGGAAGAUUCAGUUUGAUCUGAAUGAGGUCCCGAGACGAGUCCCGCCGGACAGUCCCUUGGCUCCGCAGUGGUAUAGGUUGGAGGAUAAGAAAGGGGACAAGAUUAAAACAGGGGAAAUCAUGCUUGCUGUUUGGAAGGGGACUCAAGCCGACGAGGCGUUUCCGGAUGCCUGGCAUUCGGAUGCGGCCACGGUUGGCAGAGAAGGCAUUACAAAUAUCCGUGGUAAGGUGUAUCUAUCGCCUAAACUUUGGUACUUUCGGGUCAACGUCAUCGAAUGCCAGGACUUGUUACCGGGCGAAAAGAAUAGGAUCCCAGAUGUCGCCGUGAGGGUUGCUGUGGGAAAUCAAGCAAUGAGGACUAAAGUUGCCAAGGGUGUGAAUCCAAUGUGGAAUGAGGACUUUGUAUUCGUAACCGCGGAGCCGUUUGAGGAACCGUUGGUUAUUUUUGUGGAGGACAGAGUUGGAUCCAACACUGAGGUGUUGGGGAAAUGCGUGAUCAUGUUGUCCAACGUCCCCAGGAGGUUCGACCACAAGGCCGUGCCCGCCCGGUGGCACAAUCUGGAGAAACACACGUUGGUAGAGGGGGAAAAGAAGGAGACGAGGUUCGCGAGCAAGAUUCACUUAAGGCUCUGUUUGGAAGGCGGGUAUCACGUCUUGGACGAGUCGACUCACUAUAGUAGCGAUCUUAGGCCGACGUCUAGGCAAUUGUGGAAAUCGAGUAUCGGUCUUCUGGAACUCGGGAUCAUAAGCGCCACGGGUUUGUCCCCAAUGAAGACGAGAGACGGUCUUGGGACCACGGAUGCCUAUUGUGUCGCGAAGUACGGUCCGAAAUGGGUACGGACCAGGUCGAUCGUAGGCAGUACCACUCCCAAAUGGAACGAGCAGUACACCUGGGAGGUUUUCGACCCGCAUACGGUGAUCACUGUCGGCGUGUUUGAUAACGGGCACAUCCACGGAGGGGGAAAAGACUCGGUAAUCGGGAAAGUGAGGAUCCGGCUCUCUACCCUCGAGACCGACCGGGUCUACACCCACUCGUACCCGCUCAUCAUCUUGCAAACGUCGGGGGUGAAAAAGACCGGGGAGGUCCAACUAGCGGUCCGGUUUUCGUGCACGUCGUUUUUCAACAUGUUGCAUAAGUACACCCAGCCGUUGCUGCCGAAAAUGCACUACGCGCACCCGCUGUCGAUAACCCAACUCGAUAUGUUGAGGCACCACGCGAACCAGCUGGUCGCGAUGCGGCUGGGCAGGGCGGAGCCGCCGUUGAAAAAGGAGGUGGUGGACUACAUGCUGGAUGUGGGGAUUCACAUUUGGAGUGUGAGGAAAAGCAAGGCUAAUUUUUACAGGAUCAUGAAUUGUCUGAGUGGGCUGAUUGCCGUUGGGAAAUGGUUUGAGCAGAUUUGCCACUGGAAGAACCCGUUUACGACGAUUUUGAUUCACGUCCUUCAUGUCAUUCUGAUGAUUUACCCUGAACUAAUCCUGCCUACAGUCUUCCUCUACCUCUUUUUGAUCGGGAUUUGGAGGUGGCGGUGGAAGCCGAGGCACCCGCCGCACAUGGACAUCCAGCUAUCGCACGCGCACGCCGUCGGCGGCGAUGAGCUGGAUGAGGAAUUCGACACGUUUCCGACGUCCAAGGGGAGCGAUUUGGUGAGGAUGAGGUACGACCGGCUGCGGAGCAUAGCGGGGAGGAUCCAGACGGUGGUGGGGGAUCUGGCGACGCAGGGGGAGAGGUUCCACUCGCUUAUUAGCUGGAGGGAUCCAAGGGCCUCGGCGCUUUUCGUUACGUUCUGCUUGAUUAUGGCCAUUGUGCUUUACGUGACGCCGUUCCAAGUGCUGGGGCUUUUGGUGGGGUUUUACAUUUUGAGGCAUCCCAGGUUCCGUCACAAGCUUCCCUCGUUGCCCGUCAAUUUCUUCCGGAGGCUGCCUGCUCGAACAGACUGCCUGUUGUAGCAUCGGUCCGGUAUUUGUCGCGUUCGUUUGACUAUAUAUUGGCCUUGCCUUACCGCGCUUUUCGUGCGGAGGUGCACAAGGGUAUUUAUUUGAUUCUGAUAGGGGUGAUAAAUAAAAGAUGUGUAAUUCAAUUAUGUAUAUUGCAAGUGCAUAACUGACUCCGACGCAGCGGAAUUAACAAAGAGAUUAGUUGCGUACUAAUCAAACGAAUGAUAUGUACUCGUAGCCACGAGCAGUUCUUGAAUCUUCAAGAGAAAAAGACAAAGUCUGAAUAUUAUUGAUAAUAAG